AUGGCUCCCGCUCCCGCUCCCGCUGCAGAUGUCACACCGCCGCUCGCCGACUAUUUCUUCAUAUCUGGAAUUGAGUCCUCGCAAGUCUACGACGAACGCACACAGCCCAAGCCAAACAGCCUCAGCACCAUUCCCUCGCCGCUGUCGUCGCCCCCACCGCUAGACGUAGACGAGACCAUUGAAGAAGACCGCGCUCUGGAGACCGAUUCGAUCCGCCCAAAGUCACAGGAGGGUUUGUCUCUGUCCAAUGGCGACACCAGCAGACGCGCAUCUGCCCGUCUGAGUUUUGAGAAUCGCAAGUCUACUGGCACCAUUGUUGGGCCGGAUUCCAAGCAGACCGCCAGCAAUCGAAGUAGCGCGACAAUCAAGGGCGUGCAGCUGGGAGGGUCAGGGCUUAGCGAUCAGGACUUUGAGAAUGCGUUGAGGAAAUUCGCCUCGGAACGCGACACGUUUCUCGAAGAGAUACAAUUUACAGCAGGUGUUGCACAGCAGAACAGGGCGACUCCCACCAAACCGCCGCGACCGCGGCCGCAGCGGAUCCAGCAACAGCAGGAAGAUGGUGUUGGAAAUCUUAGAUCUGGCGUGGGCAGCAUUCGGCGGCGCCUUUCGACUAUGCAGAGCAGCCUCAAGAGAACAUCCUCCGUGGCACGCCAGGCAUCGGUCCGCACGUCAAAACGAAUGUCUGGUUACAAUUCAGUCAUCCCAGCCCCACAACCCUUCAACCCGGAGCCGAACAUGCAUCCCCUGCUACGUCGUUAUGAGCCCGUACUACUGGAUCGCUACCCGCCCAAGAACAUGGUCGAGGAACUGAAGCGCAGGAAUCCCUUCCCGGAUUACGUUCCAAUGUUUGCUUUUCCCAACGAUGUCACGGUGGUUUCAGCAGAUGAACGACCGAAGACUGGGUGGCAUGGAUUUGCUAUGACGAAUUCAGACGGUUCCAAAUUAUAUGGUAUCUGCAUGAUCGUCUGGCAGCCGCUGAAUGCUGAGGCGGCUGAAGGGCUGGAACGACAGUGCGAAGAAUGGCGGCGAUUGCACAUGAACCAAGAAGAGCGCGAACUAGCCGCCAGUCUGGGAGAGCGAUUAGCACUGGAGAGAGCAAAGCUAUCAAGACUCUUAGCAAAGCUGCCUACUGUAGCAUCCGAAUCUGAGGACCGCGAAGCUCUCGAGGAUGAGAUCAGUUCGGUAGAAGAGAAGAUUGGCCUGAUGACAGAUCUCCUGCGGCCAGUGAGGCAUGGUGCAGCUUCCAAGAUUGAAGGCCUCACAGACGGUGAAACUGGACUCUGGAUCCCGCGCGCGUACGGAGUUAUGGGCCGAGAUGCCAGUCUGACACCCUUCUGGAAAGAAUGGCUCAAGGCCGUUGUUGUACCCAUGACGAAUGGCGUCGUACAGCGAGUGCCGCCUAGCUCUCCACGAAUUGGCAUGUGGCAGCCCCUCGAGCGUUAUGUUGUCAACUUGUGCGCAGAGGCUCUUAGUCCGAUCAACUCUAUCACACAAGUCGAGAUUGCGAUCCGCGAGCUUCGUCUAUACGCCAGGAAAGAGGCCGUCAACGAGAUUCCCGGGUCUCGGAACAUCGACAUCUACGCUCUUUUCAGAUGCUUGUCCAUUCCAAACAUCGUCUCUUUGUUCGAGUAUGUUUUGGCCGAAUCAAAGAUCAUCCUUCUCUCCUCGCAUACUGCCAUGCUUCACCUUGCAAGCAUGGCAAUAGCCAAUCUGAUAUACCCUUUUAAAUGGGCUGGUGUAUUCAUCCCGGUCCUACCUGCACGUCUAGUCCAGACCAUCGAAGCACCUUGUCCGUACAUUGUUGGAAUCGAACGAAGAUAUGAACCCGCGGACUACCCUGAAGAUGACUAUGUUCUGGUCGAUUUGGACAACGACAUGAUUGGUACAAACGGUGGACAAGCUCCGCCGCUUCCGCGACAACAGCGGCGUAAACUUACAUCUCUACUGCAACACUCUGCGCCACAUCACACAAGAUAUGGUGUACCAACAGGACCUCCCGCCUACGCUGUUGAAUCAUUUCCGUACGAUACCUUUUGCUCCGAAAACCCAGGUAUCUUCUCGCAUCGGGCUUAUACGCUGUCCGUACAGCAAUAUAUUGGAAUGAACUCAACUUCAUUUGGUUCAGGUCCUCUGCCAUCUAACCCCCGGCCCUUGAUAUACAACGCUUUCUUGCAAUCAAGUGUUUCGAGUCGAGGAAAUGACAGACCAUCUACAGCAAGUACAGUCAAGACUAGCCAACAUUCUCCCCCUUCACCUAAAAUAUCCCCGGUAUCGACAACCUUCCCUCCUCUACCUAGUACGCCUAUCUCACGCAGUGACUCUGGCUAUGCUCUUCAAGCCAACUUGCGAGAUCUACGCGAAAAGCGGUCCGGACAUUUCGAUACGGCCUCUCGUAGGAGCUCAUCAUUCGGCUUCGAGCGGGUACCUCCAAAUCUGAGGAGACCCAGUCAGACCUUUCUUGGGCAUGCUCCCAGUGCAUCAACUUCGUCCUUGAGCCAUGAGCUCCGUGCGCCAUCUUCGUACGCCCCAUCUGUAUAUGCACAAUCAACCCUAGCAGCAUCUACCAUAAUGCCUGGCUUGGCGAUGCAACCGGUUCGGAAUACGGAUACAACACGAUGGCAAGAAGGACACUGUAUGCAGUGGAGACCAAUGGAGCAGAAAGCAACAUGCUCCAUCUGCGAUGAAAAGUCUGAUGAAGGUUUAUACCGUUGCUCUGGCUGCAGCACUUACGCACACGGGAGAUGUGUAGACACAAUCUGCAUGGUAUGCCCCUCCGCUUUCCGCCCCGAUCAGGUUCGAGCCUCGUUCGUAAGAUGUUUUGCGAGCCUUUUGUAUACAUACCGGAGGUACAUGACUCCAGCAACCGGUGACCAGAAAAGGUCCGGUUUGAUCUAUCACUUCAAGAUGGAUGAGUUUGUUAAGAGUCUACCACACGAGAACGUGCAGUACGUCCAGAUGCUCCAACAAACGCAAGGCUUCAACGAGUUCAUUCAUGAACGCGAGAGUACGCGUUCUGAUGAUCCUUCGGUCAAACUGUUCGAUGAAGUCAUCCUUUCCAAACGAAACCGCGGAAAGGCAUCAUUCUUCCACAAAUCGAAGAUAGAUUUCCUCUCCGACAACAGCGAUCACCUCUGGCGCACAGCUGCGGCAACUCCGCCGAACUCACGAUUUCCGGGAGACUACCGCGAAAUCAUCACGCGCAUUCCCGCCAAACUAGAUCCUACCCUUAUGAAAGAACCGCGCGUCAUACAGGGUAUCCCGCGCAUACCCAUGGCGAAAGCACGACGAAAACCCAUACCCUCGAUGCUCGGUCCUAACGGCGUCAAACACCCCAUAACCCCACCAUCAUGA